AUGGUCUACGGUGAACGCUGCUCUCUCAACGCUGCUCUUGCUACCGUGGCACGGUCUACGGUGAACGCUGCUUUUGCUGCCGUGGCAUUGUCUACGGUGAACGCUGCUCUUGCUACUGUGGCAUGGUCUACGGUGAACGCUGCUCUUGCUACUGUGGCAUGGUCUGCGGUGAAGGCUGCUCUUGCUACCGAGGCAUGGUCUACGGUGAACGCUGCUCUUGCUACUGUGGCAUGGUCUACGGUGAACGCUGCUCUUGCUACUGUGGCAUGGUCUGCGGUGAACGCUGCUCUUGCUACCGAGGCAUGGUCUACGGUGAACGCUGCUCUUGCUACUGUGGCAUGGUCUACGGUGAACGCUGCUCUUGCUACUGUGGCAUGGUCUGCGGUGAACGCUGCUCUUGCUACUGUGGCAUGGUCUGCUGUGAACGCUGCUCUCUCAACGCUGCUCUUGCUACCGUGGCAUGGUCUGCGGUGA